UAUACCCCCAAACUCUUCUACGUGGCUAUGAAGGACUUGGACAGUGCCGAGAGCACUACUCGCUACUUGAGAUCGAGUACUGAACCGCUCGCAGACAUUGUGGAUGUUGCACACUCACUCCUUGGUUCUGACAAGGUUUACCUUCCAAACUUACACAUCUUUUUAUUUGAAUUGGUUUGUGAUAGAUUGAAUGAUUCUAACUCCAAAGCGUUCAAAAAUUGGAAAUAUUCCCCUAAGGUAUGGGAAUUGCUACUUGAGACAUGGAAUAUAUUGUCUAAUCAAAAAUCCUUAAGAAAUUCUCGUUAUAAACAACUUAGAUUGGUUGAAGUACUUUCAACCGUUCUUAGACACUCCAAAGAUGAACAGCUUUUAGCAGUUGUAUUUUCUACCAUUAAGACUAUAAUGGGGUCUAGUUUCAUUGAAGUAGACGAAGUGACCGGUAUUGAGCUUUUGUCGUCUUAUGUAUCGUCUAUCCUGGAUUCCCAUGAUGCAAUGAUUAAUUCUUGGACCAGUAUCAUUUGUGAUAUCUAUCAAAUUCCAUUUAGUAGAAUCAACCACAAAUUUAAUAAGAAACAUACUACAAAGUUCUACAAUGAAUGUCUUGCUGGGUCUCUCAAAAUUGCUACAUCUUCAAAUCCUGACAUGAAGGCAACUCGUGAUUCCUUGAUCUCUAUUGUAAGUGGAGUUAUCAACAACAAAGAAGCUAUUGGAUAUCUCAAUCAAAAUACAACUACAUUCUUAAAAACUAAAGAUUAUACAUUAAGUGAGGAAAUGAUCACUUUAUUCUUUCAAUUGGUGAUACAUUCCCAUUCCAAAGAUUUGAAAGUCUGUGAAGAUGUUUUCACCACUAUUUCAAAGAAUUCAAAGUUACCUUGUAUUUCAGAGAAUUUGUUGGAAAUUUUGACCAAAGUCAACAAGAUUAUGUCAAGUGAAUUCUUGAAUGAAAUAUAUGAAAAGGAAUUUACAACUGCAAAAAAAGUUAAUUGGGGGUUAGUUGGUCAUUUAAUUGACCUUGAUGUUGAUUUAGCCAUGGAAAAGAGUAAUGAUAUAUUUAGUAAAGUUUCUCACACAAAGGGUUCUUUACCUUACACAAUUGGUGACAAAAUUGUACGAGCUCAUAUCAAGGCAAGAGAGUUUUCAAAGUUCCUUCAAGUGGGUUGGCCACUUGCUAUCAAACAAAGUAAAAUUUGGGCACUGGAAGAAUUUAUGGCUACCGUUUCCAAACAUACCAAUGAGCUUUCUUCAAGUCAAAUUCCUUCCGUUAUACAAUCCUUAAGGGAAUCCGGUAACUCACAAGAUAAUUCACCAAUUAUCACUGCAUUAGUCAAGGGGCUUAUUAAUUGUCCAAUUGCAAAGAUUGAUGCUGUCAAAUCCGCCUUACAAGCAGAAACUACCAAGUUUGAUAUCGUUGAUUUUAAUAGUUCCUAUUUCUGGGCUUGUAAAUAUUAUACUGAAUGUAUUUAUGGUGAUGAAGAUGGUGUCACACAAGUUAAUAUCGAUACCUCAAAGGAAACCCCUUCAAAAUACUACUAUUUCAGUAUAUUCCGUUUCUUGGAAUUAGGAAAGAUUGAAAAGCAUGAGAAUUAUACUAAAGAUUUUUUCAAGUAUAUCCAAGCUAAAAAUACUACUUCGGAAACUCUUCUCUCUAUUUUAAAGAGAUGGCUUGUGUUAUUCAACUCUAUUUUCAAUAAGGGCCAGCUCAAUCAAUUAAUCUCCAUCUCAUUCUCCAAGCUUGAUGAAAAGGAUUUACUUGGAUUCAUGGAAACAUAUGGUAAUGUCCUUUUUGAACAAUCUAACUUUGUUGAAGUAUUGGUUUCACAUGUGACACAAGAACUCCAAAACGACAAUUCUACCGUUGCAAACCUUGGAUACCUUACCAGGAUUCCAAUUCAAUGUUAUUCUAGAAGUCAAAAAAUAGAGCUUUUAGAAUUGACAUUUAAAAUUGCAACAAACGGUGACGACACUAAUAGUAUACUUUCAAGAAAGUGUUUGAAACAUUUGCUUGCACAACCAUCUUAUAAGUCAACUAUUGAAGUGAAGUUUGGCUCCUUGCUCGAUUUGAUCAAAACCUCUGGUUCUGAAGAAGCAACAUCCAUCUCCUUAAGCAUUUGUAGAUUGGUUUGGACAUUCCAUCUCAAUGCUCAUGCAGAAACCACCAAUGAAGAAUAUAUCUCCAGUACUUUUAAAUCUCUCACGAAGUUCUUUAACAAAAUUAAUGUGAAACAACUGAAAAAAUCGUUACCUGUUGAGUUUGAAGCGGGUUUGGCAAUCAUUUCCACAACAAGUUUCAACAAACUUUUCAGACAAGAGAUUGAAUCUCUUUCUAUUGCCCUCACCAAGGCAGUUAUUUUCCUUUUAAAUAACUACUCAAAGCACGCGGUAACUCAUUUGAGCGACAUCAACUGGUUGUUAACUGCUCUUUACUCUAUACCUAAGGAUCUUUUAACUGUAGAUAUCAAUACUGACAUCAAGGAAAUUGGACGUAUUACCGCAGAUAUGGAGAGUACCGCUGAGGUUAUUCAAUUGAGAACCAAUAUUUUCAAGUUGAAGUGUCACAUUCUGCAACCGACAUUUAAUAACUCAGUUUACUUGCAAGCAUUAUAUUACUCGUUGGUUACGAGGUACAAUAUUGAUAGUAGCGACUUAUCUAGUGCUAAUGAAACAUUCUUGGCAAGUCUUGAAGAGUCAAUUUAUCAAGAAUCGCAUAUGUUCUUAUUAUAUUCUAUUGAACAUGAAAUCACCGUGGAAAACUUAUCAGUUUUCUUUCCACUCUUGCUUUGUUUCUUGAACACUUUGAAGAAAGAUUGUCAAGUUGAGCAUUCAAGAAUUCUUGGAUAUUCAUUGGCUUCCCUUUCCAAUAACUUCGAUUUGAUUUCGAAAUCGAACGAUCGUGCUUUAAUUAUACAAAUUCUUCAAUCACUUCGUAAAUGUUUGAAUGAAACGAACUGGGCAUUUAACCAACACUCGUUAGAAACUACCAUGACUCUCAUUACGAAAUUCGCUACUUCAUUCGUUGCUGAAGCUGACGAUGUUGAGAUAUAUGUACUCCUUACCCAGGUAGUUUCUCACGUUUUACUUUUCCAUAGAUUCAGAUUAACUUCUCGUCAUCAUAUCGUAAUGGCGAUUUGUAUUACAUUACUUGAGCCAUUAACUGCAAAGAAGACGUCCAAGAAGGGAACCAAGUUAAGCAAUUCUCAAGAAUCUGCUGCUGCAUUUUCUCGUCUUAUGGGUAACUUGUGUGAGCCACCUAACACAACAGCCAAGGCAUCCUCUAAAACUGCGUUAAGUUCUUCAUCAGCCUUGCUCAAGAAAUCGUUGAGAAAGCACUUACCGGUGCUCUUGGUAAGUUUCAUUUACUUAUCCUUGAAGUUCAAUUUUAAGAGUGAAAUAAUGGAAACCUUACAAAGUGGUAUCUUUAAGGUUUUCGACGUUUUAUCAUCGGUGGAAUUACAGCUUGUAAGCUCUACAUUAGAUAUCCCAGGUCGUACUUAUUAUAAGUCAUUAUAUACUAACUACAAGGACAACGGGAAAUGGACAGAUGUAUAGUUAUCACAAUUUAAUAUUAUAGACAUAUUUUAUUCU